UUCCUCCCCUUGUUUUAAGUUUUGUGUUAAAAGCUGGAGGAACUGUAGGGGAAAUGUUAGGUGUCUUUUAGGAACUGGGGAGUCGAGGUGGAAGGGACAUCUUCCCGUCACAGGCCAGUGUCUCUUGCUUCUGUGGGACUUUCGGUCCUCCCCACUGCAGCUGCCCUGGCAAUGCCCUGGGGCCCUCCACCUGUGUCUACCCCUCGUUGAACCUGACCGUGACAAGGGAUACCUUAGGCCUUCAGCUGCAUCCCUAGAGCUCCUCUGGAUGUUUUUAUAACUGGGGUUUUCACAGAUACUGUGUACACUUGUACACACGCAUAGGGACAUGUAUACAUGCUUCCUUCUCCAUUAUAGAACGUAGCCUUCCUUCCUGCACCACUACCCCUUCAGCCCCUGUCACACACACAACACCUCAGCAGGUGACAGUUGUCUUAGUCAUCCACCCAGGCAAGUCCCAGGCCCACCCUCUCUUCUGAUAAUGUAGCCGUUGGUGCCCAGGGUAAGUUGAAGGAGAGCCGAGGAGCAGAGGGCUCAUGAAGGCCUUUCCUCUGUGACUCAGGUUCUUUGGUGUUAUGCAAAAGCUGGCCCCUCUGGCCCUCACUUGCCCUUCUCCCAGGCCAGCUUGUGCAUUGGAUAGGGUGUGGGCAGCUAUGAGGUCCAGAGGCUGCUACUCCUCGCUGUGCUUUCCUUUUGGGAAAUAUUUCUCAUAUUUAUAGUAUUGUGCUUCCAGGGAAAGCAGUAAUUCAUGUGUAUAUGUAUCUGUGCACAUACACACGUGCCCGUGUGUGUGUGUGUUGUGUGUGUGUAUAAAUAUGCUGCGAAGGUCAAACCCAUAGAAGAGUUGCCUCUUUCGAAUCUUCCAGAGAUCUCACUGGUUACAGCUUUUGUGUUAACCCCAUUAGCCCCCAGCUUUUUAAGUGAGAGUUGGUAUCUGCAGUUAACCUGCCAGUGACUCUCGGUAUCUAUUUGGCUUUUACUCCUCUCCGUCUUCCAACUCCAAUCAUAUUCCACCUGGGAUGCAUCGUUUCACUCCCAGUAUUCUACAGAAAAGGAGUCAGGAUGCUCUCUUCCCAUGAAUAGUGCUCAGUAACAAACCAAUUGCAUUUCAGUUGGGCAGUACUCCUACCCACCCCUCAGGUCCCUUCCAGCUAAACUCCUCCCCUUCCACCAUGUGUUUCUCAGCUUCCCUUUUUGUUUGACUGUUCCACUGCCCCUCCUCACCCUACCAACCUUGGAUUGUAAUGUAAAAUUCUUUUACCAUGUCAAGAAAUUAUUAAAAAUACAGGUACUUUGACCUCUUUCUAAAGCUGCAGACCCUUGUGCCAUAUUCUGGUGACUGAGGGACAUAGUGUGAGCGUUCAGACACCCACCUUCAUAGAUGCCCUGGCCAGCCUGCUGUGUGUACACUUGCUAUUGAACUCUUGCAUCAUGGUGGCAAGAGUGAAGCUUCUACGCUGGGUGGUGGUGGUGCACGCAUUUAAUCCCAGCACAGGUAGAGGCAGGUGGACCUCUGUGAGUUCAAGGCCAGCCUGGUCUACAGGAGCUAGUUCCAGGACAGGCUCCAAAACUACAGAGAAAUCCUGUCUCGAAAAACCAAGAAGAAAAAAGAGUGAAGCUUUUGACCAGAGAGGGAGGUGGUUCCUGCUUUGUUUUGAAGAUAAAUUAUGUGAAAGCCUUUCCAGGAAUUUAAACUGCCUCUCUGUCCAUCCACCAGAUCCUGAUUCCUUCCCUGUGAUACCCAUGAGCUACCAGCAGAGGUUGCUGUGGUUCUGUGUGGGAACAGCCACUCAGGCACGCCCUAUCCAGCCUUUUCUGUCAUAAUAACUUUCCUUUCUACAUAAUACUUGAACUUUUUUGAGGGAACCCUUGGGGUUGGUUUAAAUGACUCAAAGGGUUUGCAGGAGGCUCAUGUCCCUCAAAAGUAAAAUGCCCUCCCCUUUAAUAGUAAGACAACUUUGUAGAGGUUUAAGGUCCUCAGCAAGGAAGGGACAUAUAUCUGUUCUGUCCCAGAGUUUAGUGUCCCUAGCUAACAAGUAGCUUCUGCCUGCUUUGUGGGAUUAUUAAGCACUUGUGUGUAUGGUUGCAUUUUUUUUAUAUUUUUAUUUUUGGUUGUGUCUGUAACAGUCCUAGCUGUCCUGGAACUCAAGGACAGGCUGACCUCAAACUCACAGACAUCCAUCUUCCUCUGCUUGCUGAGUGCUGGGGUUAAAGGUGUGUGCCACCAUGCCUGGCUGUAUUUUUUUUUAAUCUCUCUCUUUUUUGUUUGUUUGUUUUUGUUUUUUGAGACAGUGCUUUUCUGUAGCUUUGGAGCCUGUCCUGGAACUAGCUCUUGUAGACCAGGCUAGUCAGUCUCAAACUCACUUGUCUCUGCCUCCCAAGUGCUGGGAUAAAAGGCGUGUGCCACCACUGCCCAAUUUAUGUCAUUUUUUUAAGGCAGGUUGUCACUGAGGUUGGCCAGUAACUCACUAUGUAGUUCACCUGGCAUUGAACUAACAAUCCUCCUGAGUGUUGAGACUGUGGACAUAAGUGACCCUGUCCCACUGCAUUUAUAGGCAAGAAACUCAAGAUGAGCAGCUUUAAGGCUACCACAGCUUGGACAGGUUCAUUGUACCAGUAUGAACAGAAAGCCCAGAACCUCAACCGGUAUUUUCUCACUAACUGGAUAGAUAAUAAGGCCUGAGACUCCCAAUUCAGACACUGCAUUAGGUCCCAGGUAGAGCUAAGAACUUACUGCUGAGCUGGGCAGUAGAUCCAGGAACUAUUGCUUGGGGCAUGAUGCUAGUAAUGGUGUUUUAUUAGUUCUUGUGUGUGACACAGGGAAAGGAUUAUGCAUCAAAAUUGCCUUGUCAGAACUGUUUAAGGUUAAAAGGUAGUUGCAUAUCAUUAUCCCAAUGCCUUCUCAUCUGUUCUAAUGAUGGAAGGUCGUAGUUAGAGACUUAGUAGUUGGAGUUUAGGGAAGGAACAUUUUGAGCCAAACCUCAGGACAGAAAAUUGGAACAGAAUUAACAUAAAACAUGAUCAGAAAUUUCCUGUCCAGCCCACGGGGUGGGGUUUUGUCCAUUCCUGUCUCGUACUGAAUAUAAGUCCUGUGGUAAUGUCAGAACCAGAAAGAGCUGCUGUUGGAGUGAAUGCAUCUCAGCAUCACCAUGGCUCUCAAGGUGCUGCUGGUGUGUCUGGUGCUCGCUCUCCUUACUGUCUUUGCUCUUACCUAUGUCUUGCUGACCAGGCAAGGCAGUUCCAGCCAGUCUCCUCGAUGCCCCUCCAUUCCUCCCAGAAUUCAUCCUUGGACACACCAUGGCCAGAGUCAGCUCUUUGCAGACCUGAGCCCCGAGGAGCUAACAGCUGUGAUGAGGUUUCUGACCAAGCACCUGGGGCCAGGGCUGGUGGAUGCAGCACAGGCUCGGCCCUCAGACAACUGCGUCUUCUCGGUGGAGCUGCAGCUGCCUGCCAAGGCUGCAGCCCUGGCCCACCUGGACGGAGGGGGCCCGCCGCCUGCCCGAGAGGCGCUGGCCAUCAUCUUCUUUGGUGCACAACCUCAGCCCAACGUGACUGAGCUGGUGGUGGGGCCCCUGCCUCACCCGUCCUACAUGCGGGAUGUGACCGUGGAGCGUCACGGUGGGCCUGUGCCCUAUUACCGGCGCCCCAAACUGAGAGUGGAGUUUGUUCAGAUUUGGAGGUAUUUGAAAGAAGUGGAGCUCCCAAAGGCACCCACCUUUCUGGCUUCUGUCUUGAACUACAAUGGCUCUACCUUGGCACCUCUGCAUUCUUCUGCUAGUGGCUUCCAGUCAGGGGACCGGACCACCUGGAUAGCCCUCUACCAUAACAUCUCAGGUCUUGGAAUAUUCCUUCACCCUGUGGGAUUGGAGCUACUGCUGGACCACAGAGCCCUGGACCCUGUCCACUGGGUGGUCCGGCAGGUCUUCUACCUUGGGCACUACUAUACAGACUUGGCCCAGUUGGAAUGGGAAUUUAAGGCUGGCCGCCUAGAAGUGGUUCGUGUUCCUCUGCCCACACCAAAUGGGGCUUCCUCCCUGAGGUCUCGAGUUACUCCGGACCCCCCUCUUCCCCCUCUUCAGUUCUCACCCCAGAGUCCCCAGUACAAUGUGCAGGGAAACUUAGUGGUAUCCCCCCUCUGGAUGUUUACAUUUGGUCAUGGGGUGUUCACUGGCUUAAGACUUUUUGAUGUUCGGUUUAAGGGUGAGCGUGUGGCUUAUGAAGUCAGUGUCCAGGAGUGCCUGACUGUUUACGGUGCUGACUCCCCCAAGACGAUGAUGCUCCGUUACUUGGACAGCAGCUAUGGGCUUGGCCGAAACAGCCGAGCCUUGGUUCGGGGGGUGGACUGCCCUUACCAGGCCACUAUGAUUGACAUCCAUGUAUUAGUAGGCACAGGGGCAGUCCGGCUGCUCCCAGGGGCUGUGUGUGUAUUUGAGGAGGCCCAAGGAUUACCCCUUCGAAGACACCACAAUUAUAUAGGGGGUCAUUUCUACGGUGGUUUGGCCAGCUCAGGCCUUGUGGUCAGGUCGGUGUCAUCAGUGGGCAACUAUGAUUACAUUUGGGACUUUAUACUGUACCCAAAUGGGGCGCUUGAAGGGCGUGUCCAUGCCACAGGCUAUAUCAACACAGUCUUCCUGAAUGGAGGGGCUGAGAGCCUCCUCUUCGGGAACCGCGUGGGAGAGCGAGUGCUGGGAGCAGUGCACACACAUGCUUUCCACUUUAAGCUGGACCUGGACGUGGCAGGCUUGAAAAACUGGGUGGUAGCUGAAGAUUCGGUGUUUGAGCCUGUAGCAGCCCCCUGGAGCCCGGAGCAUCAGCUACAGCGCCUACAGCUGACCAGGCAGGUCCUGAGCAGGGAGGACCAGGCUGCAUUUCCCCUGGGGAGCUCCCUUCCUCGAUACCUUUACCUGGCUACCAACCAGACCAAUGCCUGGGGCCACCAGCGUGGGUACCGAAUCCAGAUCCACAGCCCUCGUGGUAUCCAUGUACCUCUGGAGAGUGACAUUGAAAGGGCUCUCAGCUGGGGAAGAUACCAGCUUGUGGUGACCCAGAGGAAGGAGGAGGAGUACCAAAGCAGCAGCAUCUAUUACCAGAAUGACCUGCGGACCCCGACCAUGGCCUUUGCUGACUUCAUCAACAAUGAAACCCUCUUAGGAGAGGAUCUGGUGGCUUGGGUGACAGCCAGUUUCCUGCACAUCCCCCAUGCUGAGGACAUCCCCAACACAGUGACUGUGGGGAACAGUGUGGGCUUCCUGCUCCAGCCCUACAAUUUCUUCGAUGAGGAUCCCUCUAUCUUCUCCCCUGGCAACAUCUACUUUGAGACGGAAGAGGAUGCGGGGCUGUGCAGUGUCAACCCUGUGGCCUGCACCCCACAGCUGGCAGCCUGUGUCCCCAACUUGCCCUCCUUUUCCUAUGAAGGCUUAUAGGCCUGAGGAUGUGGUAAGACCCCAGGGGGCCAGGGAGUGAGCCGCAUGCACCUCUAUUCUAUCUCCUGUGUUUUUAAUUAUCUGCCCCCCCCACCCCCAGGUCUCUACCCUCUGUUCCUUAGAAAACAACCUCUUGGGCUGGAGAGAUGGCUCAGAGGUUAAGAGCAAUGACUCCUCUUCCAGAGGUCCUGAGUUCAAUUCCCAGCAGCCACAUGGUGGCUCACAACCAUCUGUAAUGAGAUCUGGUGCCCUCUUCUGGAAUGUGGGCAUACAUGGAGGCAGAAUGUACAUAACAAAUAAAUAAAUCUUUAAAAAAGAAAAAAAGAAAGAAAGAAAGAAAGGAAAGAGAGAAAACAGCCUCUUGUCACACUAAAUUCCUGGGCCUCCUCUUCUGGGUUGAUUCUUGCCUCCUGCCUGUGUUUUGUUUUGUUUUUCUAUUUGAGACAGGGUCUUUCUAUGUAGCCCCGGCUGUCCUGGAACUUGCCAUGUAGACCAGGCUGACUUCAACUUGCAGAGAUCUGUCUGCCUCUGCCUCUGGACUGCUGGGACUAAAGACAUGCACCACUACUCCUGGCUUCUGCUAGUUGUUUAAAUGAUGAUUUAUUUAAAAGUGUUUUUAGAAUACUCAAACAAAAUACCACAAAUCCUACCAUUUUAAAACUCGCUGGGGUUCACAUUACACCAGGCCUUAUCUUACACGUGUGUGUAUCUCAAAGGAACGGUUGUGUGUAACUGAGAAUAAAAUGGUUUGCAAAA